AUGCUCCAAUUGACGCUACGGACAGCCCUCCUUCUGCUCCUCGCCUUCCUCGCAGCCCACGCGUUCAAGGCGAACAAAUUCGUCAAGCCCGGCAUGCAUCCAGAUCUAUUUCCGGAGCAAGAAUUCGACGACGACGCACAACUCUGCACACCCCGCGAGCCCUGCGGCUUCUACUCGUUUUACGGAGCGUCGCGGAACGGAUCGCCGAUGACAUGGGUUAAGUCAUGGUGCAAAUGCGGCGUGGACUUUGACUGCGUCUACAGUACGACGGACAUCCGCAGCCGCAUGUUCCGCCACGUGUGCAUCCGGAAACUGUCGCCCGAGCUGAUGGACGAGGGAUACACCGCG